ACAUUUGAGUAACAUCCAACGGCUUGGCUUCGUUGUGAGGAGUUGAGACUCACUCUCACCCUGCCAAGUUGCCAACUUCAAGUUUUUAACAUGUAUUGCAACCGACCAACCGCUAGGCGCUAGCUCUAAAGUCUGAUUAUUUGGUAGAGAAUGAAAAAAUCAACUUCAAAAGUAAGCAGGGUGAGUAAUGGCUUUAAUAGGGAGGUAGAUUGGGAGCUCAGGCCUGGAGGUAUGCUUGUCCAAAAGAGAGAUUUUGGUGAUGCUUCUUCUGGGUCAAUGAUCAAAAUCAAGGUUUCUCAUGGUUCUUAUCACCACGAUAUCACUGUCCUUGCUCAAUCUACUUUUGGGGAUCUGAAAAGGGUUCUGGCCAAUGAGACUGGCUUGGAGCCUAAGGAGCAGAGAUUGCUUUUUAAAGGGAAAGAAAAAGAUGAUGAGGAAUGUUUAGACAUGGUUGGUGUAAAAGAUAUGUCUAAGAUUAUAUUACUGGAAGACCCAGCUAGCAAAGAAAGAAAACUUGAGGAGAUGAAGAAAAAUCAAGGUAUGUUAAAAGCCUAUGAAGCUGUUGCCAAAGUGAGAGCAGAGGUUGACAAGCUCUCUCAAAAGGUCGGUUCUCUUGAGGCAACCGUUCGAAGUGGAAACAAGGUGGCAGCUCAAGAAUUUGUUGUCUUGACAGAACUGCUCAUGUUGCAGUUGCUUAAAUUGGAUACAAUUGAGGCUAUUGGAGAAGCGAAAGUGCAGAGACGGAUUGAGGUUCGUCGAAUCCAGAGCUUUGUCGACACACUUGACAAUCUAAAGGCAAAGAACUAUGGUCCUUUCAGCAAUGGCAGUAGCAAUAAAGUAUCAGUGACUACAAAAUGGGAAACUUUUGAGUCAGGUGUUGGAAGCCUGUGUGCACCAACUCCAAUCCAAUCUUCUACCAAAAUAACACAGGAUUGGGAAGUGUUCGACUAAGUUUGGAUCCACCAUGAAGGUUUUUGUAUAUUUGGAAUCUUGUAUUUACAAUGUUUGUUUGCAUAAACUCAAACUUGCUCGGUACAGCUUUGUUCACUCUUUUCUUUUGUUCAGAAGCUGUUUUUGGUAGAGGCAGAGAGAAAGGCCUUUUCUUGAACAAUUUGUGUGCAUGUAUAUAUGGGUUUCUAUGUUAUAUCUUAUACUUACAACGCUUCUUCA